AUCUCUCUCCUCCUCCACCAUGGCCACCACAACUCUCCUCCUCCUCCUCUCUCUCAUCCCUCUCUCUCUCCUCCCCCUCUCCUCCCCACUCCCUACCGACGCCGUCUUCAACGCCGCCGAGAUCCUCUCCAACUCCGGCUACGUCUCCAUGUCCCUCACCCUCCAACUCAUCUCCCCCUCCCUAAUCACCACACCACCAACCACCUCCCCCUCCUCCCAACCACCCCCGCCACGCGCCGCCACCAUCUUCUCCCCCUCCGAUGCCGCCUUCGCCGCCUCAGGCCAGCCCUCCCUCUCCCUCCUCCACCUCCACUUCUCCCCCCUCGCCUUCUCCCUCGAAACCCUCCGCUCCCUCCCCUACGCCACCCGAAUCCCGACCUUGUCCCCCGGCAACUCCCUGGUCGUCACCACACCCGAUCCCACCCGCCCCGUCUCCCUCAACAACGUCACCAUUACCGGCUCCCCCAUAUUCGACGACGGAUCUCUGAUCGUAUUCGGCAUCGACGCGUUCUUCGACCCUCACUUCGUCGUUCCUCCUCGAAUUCACGUCCCUAUCCCUAGCUUCAGGUGCCUCGCUUCCCAAACGACUCCAACGCCGCCGUUUAGUUCCUACUCUUUUGCCGAAGCUUCUAGGGUGCUGAGAUCCAGAGAGUACUCUGUUAUGGCAUCAUGUCUUGAUCUGCAACUGCCAGGGCUUCUUCACCGACCGAAUUUAACGGUGUUUGCUCCUGUGGAUGAUGUGUUGGUGGAUUUGGUUCACAAUUUCAGCAAUUACGCGGCGGUUUUUCGCCAACACGUGGUGCCGUGCAGGCUGACGGGGACUGAUCUUAGUGACUUGGAAGAGGGAGCGGUGUUGAGGACAUUUGAUGAUGGAUUUGGUGUCGCAGUUGCAAAGGCUAACGAUGAGUUGGUGGUUAAUGGAGUUCCCGUGACGUUUCCGGACAUGUACAGCAGUGACUGGCUUGUUGUUCACGGUCUCCGCCGAGUGAUUGGGGAGGCGCCGGAGACCUCGCCUGAGUUUGGCGGCGAGGAGAGGAUCGGACCUGAUCGUAACGAGUUUUGA